GGUGGCACAGACUGGCUGCAGCAGCCUAGUCAGCACAGCCACACAGCCGCUGUGUUCUCGCCGCCCUCGGCCGCCAGUCCGCUGCCCUCCGCUUGCCCACAGCCAAGGACACCCUCUCUUUGCUCCGCGCCCAGUUGCGGCGGCGCGCGAGGGCGUGUGGGGCGGGGCUGUUCCGGUGAUCUUGAGGCGGUGGCUGCGCUGCGCUAAGACGAUGCUCUGGAGCUGAAGAGACGCCGCAGCCUAGCAGCAGCCUAGUGCUGCGCCGACCAGAGGGAUGGCACAGCCAGCCGGCCCCGGGGACCAUGGGAAGCUGCGGACCGAGGCAGAGGACCUCGAGGGACCACGGGUGUCCGGGGAAGCCGCGGGUGCGGUUGGGGGCUUGCAGGACGAGCUGAGCUUGGAGGAGAUCCUGCUGCUCUACAACCAGCCGAUCAACGAAGAGCAAGCGUGGGCCGUGUGCUACCAGUGCUGCGGCUCCCUGCGCGCCGCGGUAGCCAGCAGCAGCCAGCCUCGCUGCCGCGUACGCUCAGCCGCUCAGAUCCGCAUCUGGAGGGAUGGCGCCGUCACUCUGGCGCCCGCUGCCGCCGAAGAGCCGACUGCCGCUGCGGGUAAAUCAGGAUAUUCACAUUGUACAGAAACAGAGGUUAUUGAAUCAUUGGGAAUUAUUAUUUAUAAAGCAUUGGACUAUGGUUUGAAGGAGAAUGAAGAAAGAGAAUUAAGUCCUCCCUUGGAGCAACUCAUUGAUCACAUGGCCAACACGGUAGAAGCAGAUGGCAGCAAUGAUGAGGGUUAUGAGGCUGCAGAUGAAGGCCUGGAAGAUGAAGAAGAUGAAAAGAAAAAAAUCUCAGCUAUCUGCUCAUAUAGAGAUGUCAUGAAGUUAUGUGCUGCUCAUCUCUCAACUGAGUCAGAGGCACCAAAUCAUUAUCAGGCAGUAUGUCGUGCACUAUUUGCAGAAACAAUGGAGCUGCAUACAUUUCUAACUAAAAUUAAAAGUGCAAAGGAGAAUCUUAAGAAGAUUCAAGAAAUGGAAAAGAAUGAUGAAUCACAUACAGAUCUGGAAGAGCUGAAAAACAUUGACUGGGCUCGAUUCUGGGUACAGGUGAUGAGGGAUUUGCGGAAUGGAGUAAAACUUAAAAAGGUCCAAGAGCGGCAGUACAACCCUUUGCCCAUUGAAUAUCAGCUCACUCCCUAUGAAAUGCUGAUGGAUGACAUUCGAUCCAAAAGAUACACUUUGCGAAAAGUGAUGGUGAAUGGUGAUAUUCCUCCUCGGUUAAAAAAAAGUGCUCAUGAAAUCAUUCUGGACUUCAUCAGAUCAAGACCACCUUUAAAUCCAGCAUCAGCCAGAAAACUAAAACCCACUCCACCACGGCCACGGAGCCUCCAUGAAAGAAUACUAGAAGAAAUCAAAUCAGAAAGAAAGCUGCGGCCUGUCUCACCAGAAGAAAUUAGACAUAGCAGAUUAGAUGUAACUAACCCUGAAUCUCCAAAGAACAUUGUAGAAUCAUCGGUGGUGAAUGGAAGUUUAACAUCACGAAGAAAGGAAAAUGGGUUAAAUGCUGUGCAGCAGGUGCCUGUGCAGAAGAAGCUCCUCAAAGCUCCAACUCUGGCUGAACUGGACAGCUCUGACUCAGAGGAAGAUACUCUACACAAGUCAGCCAGCAGCAGCAGUGUGUCUCCCUCUUUCCUUGAAGAUCCCUUCCUGGAGGCUGUGUCCACAAGGAAGACACCUCCAAAAUUCUUGCCCAUAUCAUCAACACCGCAGCCAGAGAGAAGGCAGCCACCCCAGAGGCGACAUUCCAUUGAAAAGGAAACACCUACUAAUGUGAGACAGUUCCUGCCACCAUCCAAACAGAGCUCCCGAUCUCUUGUUCCUAGGAUAACCAGUGUAUGGCCAAGGACGCCUUUCCGACCACUUUUUUCUACCAUACAAACAGCUUCUCUGCUCAGCUCUCAUCCUUUUGAAGCAGCCAUGUUUGGGGUAGCAGGGGCUAUGUAUUAUCUAUGUGAGAGAGCUUUUACCAGCAGGUGGAAAUCCUCAAAGGAGGAAUUCUGCUAUCCAGUGGAAUGCCUAGCUCUUACUGUGGAGGAAGUGAUGCAUAUUCGUCAGGUCCUGGUGAAGGCAGAGCUGGAAAAAUACCAACAAUAUAAAGAUGUCUACACUGCCCUGAAAAAAGGAAAGCUUUGCUUUUGUUGCCGAACCAGGAGAUUUUCCUUCUUCACCUGGUCUUACACCUGUCAGUUCUGUAAGAGGCCCGUGUGCUCACAGUGUUGCAAAAAGAUGCGGCUGCCAUCCAAGCCAUACUCCACUCUUCCUAUCUUCUCAUUGGGACCUUCUUCCUUGCAAAGAGGGGAAAGUUCUACGAGGCCAGAAAAUCCCUCCACUAGCCACCAUCGGCCACUUCGGAGCAUUGCCAGGUUUUCCUCAAAAUCUAAGUCUGUGGACAAAUCAGAUGAAGAACUACAAUUUCCCAAAGAGUUAAUGGAGGACUGGAGUACCAUGGAGGUGUGUGUAGACUGCAAAAAAUUUAUUUCAGAAAUCAUCAGUUCAAGCCGGCGUAGCCUGGUGUUGGCCAACAAAAGAGCCCGAUUAAAAAGGAAAACACAGUCUUUCUAUAUGUCCUCAUCAGGCCCCUCGGAAUACUGCCCUUCAGAGAGGACUAUCAAUGAAAUCUGAGCCCUGUGCCUUUCAAUUGCUUUUGUGUUCAGAGUCAGCAUUAGCGAGGGAGAACACUAGGCUGGACUGUCUCUCCUUGCUGUGGCUUUAGUUAAUAGGCUUGAUUUGCAUUAGAUCAGGUUUUUUGCUACAUCAAAUUGUUCCACAGACUGAAUGCUAUGUUCAUAUCAAUUGAUGAUAUGUGACAGGUUAGCCAGUUUGCUCAUUUGCACUGAGAGGACAAUAGUUUGAAACUUGCCUUUAUGGGUGUGUAGAUUUGGAGUCCAGAAGCUUUUUCCUUAGUUCAAUUCCUUACUGUUCCCCAGAUAAUUUUCCGACUAAGGCAAAAAGCUUCUAAUAUGAGAAAUCAGCCUACAAAGGUGUCGAUGUUAGCACAGUUCUAAGCAGUAAGUCAUAUUGGCACUUCCACCUGACAGUGUUCCUAUCUAAUGUACAUAGUAAUCCGGAGCUCUGCCUCACACCAGAUAUCUGGGGGUGGGGGCCAAGCUAUUUUUCAUCUCAGCACAAAACCUAGAAGGAUUUGCUCAUACUAUCAAACUGAUUUUUAAAUUGUUGCUCUGAGAUAAAGACUAUGGGAGGGACUUUAUGCCUACAUUUUAGUGUAAAACAUCUGAAUAAGCUGUACAUCCAAGUGGGUGAUCAUUUCCUCUGAGCUGCUGUGUUUGCCCUGGUGCAAUGGAUCAGUAUCUCCUGAGUGGGUGACAGAUUCUCAUUCCCUAUCUUGCAUGUAUUAUGGUUAUUUGUAGUUUUAUAAUGGAAGUUUAAAAAUUAAAAGUUUUGUGGGAAUUUCCAGUCCAAGGAAGACUAACCUUUUGUCAAUAGGUUGAGUGUGUUUCAGUUAACUACAUAAAGGGUCUUAACAGUAGAGGGGCCAGCUACUGCCUACACUGUGGGGCAUGAGCUGGAGCCCAUAUAUUUUCAGCCACAUUUUUCAUAACUUUACAGUCUAGCCAUCAUGACUAAAUCAAGUCACAAUUUGGUAGGUAUGGUCUCAAACUAAAAUAUAUUUAUUUUUAUAAAUGAAUUUUAAAAGAAAAAAUAUUAUCUAGUUCUUUUAAAAUUACAAGAUAAUUAACCUGUUGAUAGUCUUUUGGAUGCUUUUUGCACAAUUUUUCUUGGAAACAAGUUGAGUGAGUAGGAUGGGUUUUUGAUAAAGGUAGGUUGGAGGAUAGCAUUGUAUACCUGAAAUUUCUAAGCUUGUUUGGCCCAUACCAUGGACUAUACUUUAUUAUUUUGGUAUGCUUAGAAAUGACCAACCAAUCAAAUUGCCAUUAAUGUUUGAAAAAUCAUUAAUGCACAUGCACAAAUAAUUUUCUAAAAGCUAUAGGGCAUGUCCAUAGUCAACGAUAUGACAACACCAUUUACUACAAGGCAGGGCAGUCACAUAUCAUACAACAUCAAAAUAUAAAUUUCCACUUCUCACUCACCUGUAAUUUAAAUUUCCAUUUUAAAUUAUUAGCGAUACCUCAAAACUGCUCUGGUAGUAGUUUUUAAUGGAUUGAAAUUUACAGUUUAGUAAAUGGUUUAAAAUUACUUAUACUUAUGAAAUAAACUUUACUGAUCGCCUAAAAUAAUGCAUGUUAACAGUUUGUCUAUAUUUGCAUGUAAAGGUGGGCCACCAGAAAACCCUUAUUUUUUAUGCAAAUGUUUAAAUUAUUUUAAAGACUCUUGUUUAAAAGUGUUAAACAUUUAUAUCAGGUGGAAUCUAUUUAAACUCUCUACUCCAGAUGGUAGAGAGGUUGAAGGCCCAGGCCUGAGCCUUCAAACGACUUCCAAGGAAAGGUGCAAGGCAGAGGGAAUGGUAUUUAAAGUACCAGAGAUAGUGUGCUUUUUUAAAUGGUGACUAGUUCAGUGUUGUUGUAUAAAAUAAACAUAAGAAACUAAACCCCCAAAAUGAGAAUUUCAUCCACAUUCAUAAAGCAAAUAUCUAGCACUUGGUUUUUUCCAGGCUUUCAAAAUCUAAGUCUGUGAACAAAUCUUUGGCUUCUCUUCUUCAUUUAGGUUGAUUUGGGCAUUAUGAUCACCUCUUAUCAGAGAUUUACAAUGUAAAUUCUUCAACAUCAUUGGUUUGCCAAGUGUAUUAAAGAGGUCACAUGGAUGGUAUAUUUGCCUGAGAUAAAUUACAGAAAGUAGUGUAAGAAAAGGGCACAUGGCAUAGUUAAAAUUAUAGAAAUCAAAUUAACAUCACUUUUGGUUGCCAAAAUAAUUUCUUAGAUUUAACUGUUUCUUAUCCAUGACAUACCAAACACCUCAACUAAAUUAGGUAAUUCCAGAGUAAUUCAUUAAUAUCUUGUAGAGUAUGGGUUUACAAUCCCUAGCCUGACCUUAGGUCUGUCUUCCUCUUUAUACUACUGAAAUAACAUACCUUUACAGUGUUCCUCUUUAUCGUGGUUUCCAGCUAUUUGACAUUUACUUCUGAUCUAACAACAACAAAAUUGUUGUCUAACUGCUUUCAGUUGGAGCCUGAUGUGUCAUAGACCUCAUAUGUACACCUGAGCAGUCCUCCCUGUGCACAUCCCUGAACGCUUACCCUGAUCCCUCCAUGCUCAAGCAUCUACUCAUUGCUUUUGUCCCAUACACCUCGUGAACUCACCCUGUUGGGAUAUCUUUGUUUUCUUCCCCAUGGCUUAACUUUCUAUCAGUGUCAGAGUAGAUAAGAAGGCUUACAAAUACUGUAAUAUAUUUAUUAAUAUUUGAAAGGCAUUCAUUCAGUGGACAAUGGAAAUUUACUCUCCCAAGGCAAAUAAAAAUUAAAUCAAAUAAUUGCUAUGUAUAAUACAUUGACUUAAUAGUCUUACUUGAGUUCAAAUCUUAAGCCUUUCAAAUUAAACUAGGUUUCUUAUGUGUAAGAAUUUUUUUAAUGAUCUUACAUUUGAAAAGAUUAUGUGAUUAGCACCGUGAACUCAUACCAGGAAUUUUUAAGGCUUUUAUUUUUCUAACUGUAUUAAUAAAUAUAAGCAUGGAUUUUAGGUAUCACAUAGGGGACAUGAAAGUUUUAAAUUAUGUUGCUAUUUGCUAAAGCAAAAUAGCAGGAAAUUUUGUACAUGCAAAGCUGUUGAAAGGCCACGGAGAAAUGUAAAUACUGACUGGACUUUGACCUUGCCUCCUGCAAGCAUAAAAGACAAGGUGUUGCUGGCAUUCAGGGUGGCAUGAUGGUACUAAAAGUUUUCCAUUAAAAUCUUUUAUUUUAAAAUUUAGGGAAAAAUAAAAUGGCUUUUCAUCAUAUCUUCUGUGUCGAGUUUCUAUUGUAAAACGAUAUUGUCUUUUGGUAACUAGCUGUCAACAACCACCUACGCUGAGAAGGCAAGAUACUUUUAUUACCAGCACCUUAUGAUCAGUUUGAGAAAUGCAAACUAACAAGGACCACAUUGGAAAAAUAAACAAAAAUAAAGCCUCCAAAAUAACUGCUAUGCUACCA